CCCUGUGAGUUGCCGAUCCGGACUCCAAAAGAAAAUUAUUUUCUCGGCAUAGGAUUCAAAAAAUGGAGAGAAGGAAACGUUCGAUUUGAUGCUCUGUGUGCUUGGAAGGGAAUUCGGAUGCAAAGGGAACUGGAGAACUAAGCUUUCAGGGGAUUUUCCACCUUAAGCUUCAGAAGUUCAUCAGAACUUCUUACAUAACAAAAUUUUGGGAAGUUGAACUCAGGAUAAUGAUAGCUCAUCUAUGGUGCUAGUGGUGCCUAAGCAUAAUUGUUAGGCCAUCUGGCUAUUUGAUUUCUUCAGGAAUUUGAAGAUUUUACCUACCCAUUUGUCUUAUAGCAACAAUGUGGUACGAUAUGCAAGUUGGAGAAAGAUUUUCUGGAGGAGUUGUCCUUAGCUCUGAUUUGGUUGUUUGCCAGGUUGGGUUUUGUUAAGAACACUUUCUGUUAGCACACCUGAAUAGUCCAUAUCAUUUCACUUUAUUUGUUGUACUUCUAUAUUCUGAUGCAAUGUGCUGUACUUCACUUUUGUACAUCAAAAUGCAGCCUAUGAAAUAUAAAAUCUUGUUUAUUUACAUAUUGUGGACCACUCAAGUUAGUAAUGAGAGAGGUUACGGGCCGUUUGAGUUUUGGCAAUAUUUUUCAAAGUACAUGAGUCAGGAUACAUUCUUUCUAGCAUGAAUUAGAUUUACCCUUUCCUUUCCUAGGUGACAGGAAUAUGAGAGCAAGCAAGCUACCAUGUUAUAGUGCUGCUAAGAAGUCAAAGACUUGGGAUGUAAGGGACAUGAUAGAGAAUGGUGACAGGCUCAGUAGUUUACCAGAAAAAAUUCUCCAUCACAUUCUUUCUUUCUUGGAUAUGAGAUAUGUUGUAAGAACCAGUUUCUUGUCACGAAGAUGGAGAUAUCUAUGGACUUCUUUGCCCAAUCUAGAAUUUGACCAUCUUUAUUUUCUUUCAAGAACUGGGGGAAGAGAUGAGGCAGAAAAUGGCUUUAUGGAUUUUGUGGACCGUGUGCUACUUCUCCGCAACAGCUCUGAUAUACAAAAAUUCCAUAUAUCCUGUGGAUGGUACUGCGAUGUAAAUCGUGUUAAUUCAUGGGUCCUUGUUGCAGUAAGGCGUAAUGUUCAAGAGUUCUAUCUCAAAAUUAGACCCAAAGAUUUCCUUGAGUUGCCUGACUGCCUAUUCACAUGUAAAUCAUUGAGGGUCUUGAAGUUGGAUAUGGAUUAUGUGCCAGUUGAGCUGAGACUUCCUGAUUCAAUUAAUUUACCAAAGCUCAAAACUUUGCAUCUUGAAUUAGUCAAUCUGGAUGAGAAAUUGAUUACCAAAAUUUUAUCUUGCUGUCCAGUCCUGGAAACUUUGAUCCUAACCAUGUGCCAACUUAAGUAUGCUAAGAAUGUCAUUAUUUGUUCUCGUCAACUUAAGAAGUUGGUUAUAGAAGCGUGUUUCAUGGAUCAUUCUGGUUUGGAUGACUGUAAGAUCAACAUAUGGGCACCAAAUCUCACAUAUUUAAAGUGUGUUGAUUAUAUGUCGAAAGAGUAUUUUCUAGGAAACCUAUCUGGCCUUAUCAGUGCAGAGCUUGAUAUGAAAGUAGAAGAAAGCCGUGCUUUUGAAGAAAUUGGACAGCCUCCUAGUGAGCGGAAGCAAAUAUAUGCUCAGCGUAUGAUAAAAUGCCUUAGAGGACUGAGUAAUGCAAAAUCACUGACAUUAUCUGCUUACUUGCUUGAGAUGAUCUCUGAAGCCCCAUCAUACGUAUUAGAGUGUCUACCCACUCCAUUCUGUAAUCUGAGGUAUCUGAGGCUGAAAACAUGGCUGUCUAGAGAUUGUAUACGUGCUAUAGCAUACUUGCUCAAGUGCUCCCCUAAUAUAGAAACUCUCGUAUUGGAAACAUCUGUGAAAAGUUACACUGGGUACGAAAAGCAACAACUAUUUUUUGAUGAGACGAAGCUUGACUCAGAAAUCAUUGAAGACAAUUGGGAGGCAGAGUUACCAUUUCAAUGCAUGCUGUGUCACCUCAAAUCUGUAGAGAUGCGAAAUCUUCAAGGAAUUGAGAAUGAACUCAGGUUUCUAAAAUUUUUGAUGAAGAAUGCAAUGACACUAGAGGAAAUGAUUAUUGUUACCUCUACGAGAUUUUCUUCAAGUGGCAUCAAGGAAAAAUUUAGUGAGAAACUACAAGCAUUUCCUCAAGCCUCCCCAAGUCUUGGAAUAUUGUUCUUCUGAAAUUUGGAGUUGAAGUUGAUCAAUUUUCAUGUUUUAAGCUUGUAAUGGGAAGACAUUACAUCUUGACUUUUGUGAUACUUCAACUUCUUUUUAUCUAUAUUUAAGUUCUGUAUGUAUGUGUGUGUGUGUGUGGUUCAACUUUUUUUUUUUACUACAUCUUUCCUUUAGCUGUAUGAAAAAAUAGAGAUUCUACAGUAUAGAAACAUGUUUUGCAGUACUGAUGCCACAAGAAUUUGUAAGCUGUAAAUGUUACACAACAAGCUUUAUUUGGAUCUCGAUUCUUUUGUAAA